CUCGACUCAGAGACACCAAACGUCGUCAGUCGUCUUAAAGCAGUCUGAAGAAGAAGUAAAACCGGCUCGUGAUGGAGAUCCAGACCUGGGUCUCUGGGCUCCUGGUCCUGGUCUCAGUGUUUCCUCCAGCAGAGGCCGUGAUGAUGUACAGCCCUCAGCUGUGUUACAUCCUGGACGGCUUCCUUGGUCUCUACGGACUCAUCAUCACCGCCAUGCUCAUCAAGGAGAAGUUCUUUACAACCAAAGUGAAGGGAGGCGAGGAGAGCGUCUACAGCGAUCUGGAGGGUCAGAGCUCUGGAGCUUACAAUCAGCUGAGACAAAGAAACCGCCCGACGGACGACAACGCUGUCUACACCGGUCUGACCGGCCGUACAGAAGGAGAAUACAAAGAGCUUCCUGUUAAGAGAGACCGUCAGAGAAAGAACGAGCAGGUUUACCAGGGUCUGAGCGCGGCCUCCAGAGACACCUACGACUCUCUGCAGAUGCAGCCUCUUCCUCCUCGCUAAUGCUACCUCACUUCCUGUCCACCUCACGUCCUGUCCACCUCUCAAACACCACAAGGAUGGAAAGAGCCCAUCUUUUAUUUAGAAAACAUUUUCACUAUCCAUAAAAUCCCUAAAAUUAUCACAAUUAUUCAUCGUGAUGUCAUCGAGAUAUUUUAACAAAAUAAUUUAACAGAAACAUAAAGUUGUGAGAAAAGACAAAUAUUUAUUUUCUCAGUAAAAUGAUUUAAUUGAAGCUUAUUUUUCUCCAUAAAACUCUUCAACUGUCAAUCAAAAUAAAUGACAGCCAAUCACAUCACUGGCUCUGAAUUAAAAUAAAAGAUAAAAUUAUUUUUUAUUAAAUUUAGUUUAUUUAGUUUUAAUAAUAACAAUAAUAAUAAU